AUGUCGGGCGCAAGUGCGAAAGGCAAGAAGCAGGCGAACAAGAACGCCUAUCGCCGUGCAAAGAAGAAGCAGCAACGCUCUGAGACACCGUCGACCGCCGGCGACUCUGCGCGUGAGAGCGAAUCUCCCGCACCCGAAAGCGACACAAAUAACGAAGCACAGGCGGUGAAGCCCGCGACCCUCCUCUCCGUCGAUGAUAUUGAAAACCAGUACAACUUCGACGACCCGCUUUUCGAGGAAUACAAGAGUGUGUUUGAAAAGUUCAGGGAGCCGACGGAGGAGGAAGCGGCGACAAAGGACGAAGAGAAGCCUGAAAUCUACCACUCCGACGACGACAUCCCGGAUGAGGAGGACGACGAUGGCAAGCCCAAGCUCUCCAAAAAGCAGAGAAAGCAGAUGAACAAGUUGUCGGUUGCGCAACUCAAGGCGCUAGUGCCCCGGCCAGAGCUGGUCGAAUGGACAGACGUGUCAUCCUCUGACCCCCAGCUGCUAAUAUCCAUCAAGGCAGCGAAAAACGUCAUACCCGUACCCUCUCACUGGUCACUGAAGCGCGAGUAUCUCUCGUCCAAGCGAGGUAUCGAGAAGCCGCCCUUUGCUUUGCCCAAGUUUAUUCAGGAGACGGGUAUUGCAGAAAUGCGAGAUGCGGUUUUAGAAAAACAGGCUGAAAUGACCAUGAGGCAGAAGCAGCGUGAGCGCGUGCAAGGAAAACUUGGCAAGUUGGACAUUGACUACGCCAAACUCUACGAUGCCUUCUUCAGGCGGCAGACUAAGCCAGAACUGACCAGAUAUGGCGAGGUCUACUACGAGGGUAAGGAAUUCGAAACCAACCUCGUAAACCUCAAGCCAGGCGAGCUGAGUGAGGAGCUUCGGGAGGCACUGGGAAUGGCACCCGGCCACCCGCCUCCAUGGCUCAUUAAUAUGCAGCGUUUUGGCCCUCCGCCGUCCUAUCCCAAUCUGCGCGUACCUGGUGUCAAUGCCCCGAUCCCUCCCGGAUCUUCUUGGGGAUUUCAGCCUGGUCAAUGGGGUAAACCACCUACUGACGAUGCUGGUAAGCCACUGUUUGGCGGGGAUCUGUACGGAACCGCUAUACUGGAGGAGCAACAGCAACCAACACACGUUGGUGAACCUGUUGAACGUGGUAUCUGGGGAGCACUUCGAGCCGAGGGCGAGAGCGAGGACGAAGAGAGUGACGAGGAGGAGGAAGAUGACGAGGAAGAAGAGGAGGAAGGAGAUGAAGACGCGAGUGGUAUACAGACCUCCAUGACUACUGCUUCGGCCAUGCCCUCUGAGAUUGGUGGGGCGGAGAGCAUCAGUGGAGAAUUCCAGCUCCGGAAACAGCGCAAAGGAAUUGAGACGGAAGAGCCCGGAGCGCCACGGAGCGCCUACACAGUGCUUCCCGAGAAGAACAUAUCUGCGACUGGCUUCUUUGGUGGCGAGCAUGCUUAUGACCUGGAUGCAGCGAAGCGCGAUGCUCUUGGACAUGCACAGAGGAAGCGGAAAGCUGGAGACGUCGACGUCUCUGUCGACAUUGAUCAGCUGGGAGACAGUGAUAAGUUGGACAGGGACGCAUUGAAGAAAGAGUACGAGUCUAGGCAGCGGGCUGAGGCACAGGGACAAUGGCAAAGUAUCGACCAAGAUGAUCUAGCAGAUAUGAUCAACCAGGAAAGCAGGAAAAGGGCCAAGAGAGAGGAUGAGCGAAAGACUAGGCGCUAG